AUGGUUCACGUAUUGUUACUAAAGAACCAGACCAUACCGAAAGAUCCAUAUAAUGAUAAAUUAAAGGCGCUGGGAUAUAAUCCGGUGUUCAUACCAUUGCUCGAACACAAUCACUAUGAUAGGCAUUCAACUGUAGAAUACUUAAAAAGUAAGGAAUUUUCCAACAUACGAAAUUUUAUAAUUACAAGUCAAAGGGCUGUCGAGUGUUUUAAUGAAUGUAUACAAGAAAUCAACGACGAGAACAUUAAGCAAAGUAUAUUCCAAAAAAUUGGAUAUACUGUGGGGCCUGCGACGGCCAAGAUAUUAAGUGAAGCGGGAUUCAAGACUGUCAAAGGUGGUAACGAUGCCGGCAAUGGACUGAUAUUAUCCAAGAUUAUAAUCGACGAGAUUGCACCUGAAGAGGAAAUAGUAUUUUUUACCGGCAAAAUUAGAAAAGAUAUCAUACCGAAGAACUUAAAAUUAGCCAAUAUUAAUAUUAUGGAAAGAGUAAUUUAUAGAACGGAUUUGAGGGAAGAUAUUGGUGAAACCUUCAACAAGCAGCUUUCGCUAUUAGACCAAACUAAUAAUAUUGAAAAGAAAUGGAUAAUUUUUUUCAGUCCCCAAGGGACUGAAUUAAUAAUUGAAAAACUAAAACAGCUUGAUAAUUUAACUAGUCAAUUUUAUAUUGGUUCAAUUGGUCCAACAACUGAAGACUAUUUGGUUAGCAGAGGUAUAACUCCUAAUAUUGUCUCAAAGAAGCCUGAGGCAGCAUCAUUAUUCGAACUGAUGCAAAAUCAUGAAGCGACUUACAAAUAA